AAUUGUCCCACGGUAUGUAUAAAGUGUAACGGAAGAAAGUACCGCGGCUGCGGACGAUGCAUAGUUGAUUGUGUAAUUGGAUAUAUUUUACUAUAAUGAUUGAUUCAAUGUUCCAAUAUCAUCAUAGGAAAUACUAAAUGAAGGCUAAAUCGAAAAAAUAAUGAUUGGUGACGUGCGCCGCAUACAUACAUGUAUGACGGCAACGUGUGACCUGGUGACGUGCGCUGAAUGUAUAUAUAUUUAUAUAUAUAUAGACUGACUGUUCAUUGAUUGAACUAAAUGUGUUUGGAAACCUUAAAUUACUGCAUUCUCAAAUGGACACACUGUAUUGUUGACCAUUAAGGAAGUUAAACUUGUUACUCAUCUCACGAAAGUUUAAACAACUAUGUAUUCAAUCUCCCCAUCACGCUAGCGUUAUCAGGUUAUCUCUAAUUUUCUAAAAAUCGAAAUAGAAAGUUGGAGUUGCUAUUGGGAUUUCCGGUUCAUCAGCGCCGCUAGUCUAUGUUGAUACAAUAGUGCUUUUUUUAGAUAUUCAUGGAUGAAGGCCGUUUACAGGUUUAAAAAGCUCUAAUGCGAUAACAAGGUAAAUGCAUUGAUAGUACUCUAAUUUGGUUUUGUGUAAACCUUGAAUGGAAGAAUGGAAUCAAAUAUAAAGGAUGAUAUUAGGAAAGAGGGUGAUAGUAAGGCUACUACUACUGACGGUGGACACACCCGGCACGACAAUGCUCCGUCUUAUUCUAAUUGGGAUGCAGCACGACACUAUGGAGCACUAGGCGGUCAUAGAUAUGUGUACCCACCUGUGCCUCGGGAUGUGUGGCGUCAACAAAUGCAACAACCAAACAUGUACGCAAACUAUCCGGGAAACACGCCGUAUUUAGGGUCACCUCAGCCACAAGGACCGGUUGGACAGUUGCAGAUGCAUUAUGGUAAUCAGCCAUAUUUCAACCAAAUGGCAUAUCAACAAAAUAGUCCUAUGUGGAAUCCACCGCCAACAUUUUCUACAGAACCAGCACCAUCUGUACAUGCACAGCCAAUCACAAGAAACUCUGCAGCUGAACGAGAUGAGACAAAUGUACGUGUGGAUAAUAGGCAAACUGGGCUAAAAAAGAAUACUCCAAACGUCGAGCGCGGAACGUCGGAUGGGCAAAGAGCUUUUGAUUCGGACUUAUCUGCAUCUAUCAUAGUACGUGGUAUACCUAAAGCAGUCAGCCGAGACGUAUUGGAACUGUUUUUUGAAAACAAGGCCAGAUCUGGUGGAGGGAGCGUGCACGAUUUGAAAUUAAAUAAACGGCUGGGCAUUGCCUUGGUUCAGUUUGAAGAUUUAAAAGAUGCACAGAACGUUUUACAAAAAGCGGCAUCAACCGGAACACUUCACCUUCCAACUUCAAAAUGUGACGUGGAAGUCAACAGAUUUGAGGAGACAAAACAUGCACAGUAUUUUAAUGAAAUACCACAUACCAGUCUCUUUAUCAAAAAUCUUCCAAUAGAUUCUUCAAACGAAACGAUCAAGAGUUAUUUUGAAGUCCGUUGUAAAGCAAAACCAACCGAUGUCAUCAGAAGCAUUUCUAGAAAAACUGCUUUGUUUGAAUUUGAAGAAGCCAUAGAUAUUGCAGCAAUGACAAAGACAUGUGGGCACAAGCCACUGGAAGGAAAUAUUCUUGCUAUCCUAGAGGUUGAUACCACACGCCAGGUGAAGGUCUCGGGCGUGAGAGCUGGAACGUCACCACAAGUACUUGAACUCUACUUUGAAAAUCAUGCACGUAGUAAAGGAGGAGAGAUUGAAACUGUUGACGUUGUCGGGGAAGAAAAGGCUUUCAUUGUGACAUUUGUUCACCCAGAAGAUGCAAGACAAGUUGCGCUUGCCCCUCAUAUCCUUGAUGGCAUGAAACUGUCUGUUAACUUGUACAAUGCCCUGCUUGAUACGGACCCGGACUCUGUCGUGACUAUACCUGAGGUCGUUGAUGUCACUGGAAUAGACAAGAACAUCGUGAGGUUUCUUAAACAUUCAAAAUACUAUCGCGAAAGGGCAGAAAAUUGCGCAAAGGAUGUGUUUGGGAAAUUACUCUGGAAAAAUGAGGAUGGCAGCAUGAGCCUACAGAUUUCAUGCGACGUUAAUCCAACCGACUCAGAUGUACUGCGAAAGGUCAAUAUCUGGGAGGAGAAUCAUACGAAAUGUUUCGAUUGGAUUAGCAAAGAGAUCGUUACAAUUGAACUUACUGAUGUGUUUGAACAGAUCCUUUCUGAUGUUAAAAGGGAUAUGGAAGGAAUGGACGUGAAAAAUCCUGAUCGCGUUAUAACCUUUCUUAAGAACAGAGGUUUGAGCAUUAUAGUUGUCGGAGAAAAGCAUGAAGGAGAAAUGUUGGCAAACACUAUUAAGCAGAACAUUUUAAGGUGUAAGCGGGACUACGAAGAACGUACAAAGCAAGUGACAGAAAUCGAGCCUUUGAAAUGGUAUGAAAGUAUUUUAUUUAAAGACAAACGGGUAUUCAAACUCCUAGAAACAACUGAUGUUGAAAUUAGACUUGGGAACAUGGACGGAAUAACAUUUUCGGGUGCAAACGAAGACGUUCAGAAAUCAUUGAUGAACUUUAACGAAGUUAAGCAAAGAGUCAAAAAGCACUCUAUCCAAGACAUUAGUGAACAAUGCCUAGAACUUCUUGGAACCGUCGAAAUGCAAAGGGAACUCGGUCAUCUUCUGUCACAGAAGGAUAUUUUGGCAGUAUGCAGUAAUGUCAGUCGAGAAAUAUUUACAUUUGAGUUUAACCCUGGCGAUGCUGACCGUGCUGUUAAACUUGCAAGAAGUUGUGUGACAGGACUUACUCUUAAUUUAGCGGAGGAACAAAUAAGUUGUUUGAAUUCUGAGGAUGGAAUUCACUUCAUAAAACAGAUUAUGGAUGAACACCAAGGACUGUUGUCAAUUGUCCUGUCACGCAGUGGAUGUGUUAAAAUCGCUUGCCUCAACACAUUGCCAGAUGAUAUUGCAAAUGAGAUUGAUACUUUUGUACAAGCAAAUACAAGGUACGAAUUGUUUUGUCGUGCACACACUGAGGUUGUAAGGUAUAUUAACAUGCAUGCCAGAUAUGCUUUAUCAUCAACCGAAAAAGAUCAUGAUGUUAAAAUAACAAAACACAAAGAAAACGGUGAAUAUGAUGGCUUUAUUGUUGCUGGCCAGAUGAACUCAGCGAAGAAUGGGCUAAGGAAAGUAGAAGAUGUAUGCAAAGGAGUUGCGAAACAUAAUGUAUCCAUUGAUUGGCCUGGAUUUAUUGACUACCUACAAAGCCAAAACGGAAAGUAUGAUAUAUCUCAAGUUGAACAGGAAGAAAAGUGUUUGAUUGCUUUCACACGACCACUAGAGGAAAAACAACAUGACAUGCAUACCAGAGCUGACAAGCGAACCAUUGGAAUCAAAAUCGUUGCAGAAGGCUCUAUAGUCUAUCAAAAGGUUGAUGUCAUAGUUAAUUCUUCAAACAGAAAACUUGAUAUGGAAACUGGAGUCGUCUCGAAGCAGCUUCUGAAAGUUGCUGGGGCAGAACUACAAGCUGAAUGUACACGAAAAUAUCCAAAAGGGAUACACUUUGGAAAGGUUGCAAAAACUGCCGCCGGAAGGAUGGGAAACUGCAAGGCUAUCUUUCAUGGGGCUUUGCCACGCUGGACCACUGCCAAUGCACAAAAUGUGCUGGAAGAAUUUAUGGCAGAAUGUCUCAAAUCAGCAGAUAAGAAGGGGUACACAACAAUAGCAUUUCCAGCCCUGGGGACCGGCAGAUGUGAGUACCCUAGCGACGUCGUGGCGGACACAUUGUUGACAAGUGUGAUGGAAUACGAAAAUGAUCAUCCAGAUACGAACAUUAAAUGUGUCAGCUUCGUUAUUUGGUCAAAGGAUGUUGAGACAAUAAAGGCAUUUACGAAAACUAAAGAAGAAUUGACCAGGCAACGAUCAAGGAAAGAAAGACGAAGAUCAGAACCUGAACCUCGGCGACAAACCCAAGCAACAGUGUUGACAGUUUAUACAAAUAAGCCACGGAACAUAAAACAGAUUGAAUCGCGAAUAAAGGGUUUUAAAAAAGAUGAAGAAAUAUUCCCACCGGCGUCGCUGUUAGAACAACUUACUGACGACCGGAUGGAAGUUGUAAAGAAAAUUGCAAGAGAAAACAAAGUCAAACUUGUAAAAACUGAUAAAAGUUUGAAGUUGGUGGGUUAUGGAAAAUCAGUCGAACGAACAAAGAAAAAGGUAGAAUCAUAUCUAGACAACGCUGAAAAGGAUCUUAAGCUUACCUUUCAAACCUUGGGAACAAAGGGAGUGCCGUUUCCACCAUCAUGGUCGAAAACAGAUAUAACAGACCCCUUGAAAAUAGUGCAACUACCGCCUACUGAUCCGGAUUUCGUGACGGUCUCCAAACAAUUCUUGGCAGAUACGGGUCUUCCGCCUACAAAUAUCGUGAAGAUUGAGAGGAUACAAAAUCCAGCCCUGUAUGGACAGUAUUUCGCAAAGAAGAAGCAUAUGGAGAGUGCUGGAGGCGGUCCAAAAAUCGAGAGGAUGCUGUGGCACGGGACGCGAACACCGCAAGUGGCCAACAACAUCACCUCUAAGGGAUUUGACAGAAACUACAACCACGGUGCAUCCCACGGAGCUGGAGUUUAUUUUGCAAUGAACGCCCAAAUGUCUGCAAAUGGAUAUUGCGCUCCAGACGCGAUGGGUCAGAAAUACAUAUUCUACGCCAAUGUUCUCACAGGCGAUUUCUGGGUAGGAAGCAGUGGUAUCCGGGUUCCCCCACCUAAGGUUCCAGGAAAUACACUCGUCACGUAUGACUCGACCACCGACAAUGUCGCCGCUCCCAACUUCUUUGUUAUAUUCCAUGAUGCACAGGCGUAUCCAUCUUUUAUGAUUACAUUCAAAUAGUUUCAUGGUGUUUGCAUCACCUGAUUAUGUGGGACUUGAGCAACAACUGAAUUAAACUGGCUACGAUUAUAGCCCUAGGAGCUAGUUCAAGUGUUAUUUAACGCUUUUGCGAACAAAUAUUGACCAGUGUAAAAUUAUUUAUGAACAAAUGAUAGGUUAUGAUUUUGUUGUGAAUUUCAUCAUCUGGUAACCAUGUCGAACAAUAGAUGCAAUAAUUCCGGUUAAGGGUAAGACGACUUCUCUUCAGUGUUUCCAAGUUGGGAAACAAAAUGCCUAUUUUCUAUAUAACUUAUUAAAUUGUCUUGUGCUUACGGAUAUUAAUUCUAAAAUAAAUCCAAAACCAUGGUUAUAUACUAGAAUGACACAUCUUAAUUCAUCCAGAUCUAAAUUCGUGUUAAUAUCCCUAUAAUAUUCCAUUCUUGAAAUUUAUAGAAGUGAUAUAAAACUGCUUCAUUUCUCGACACUUUGAAUACUUUGCUUUUACUGCUUGGUUGAUUUUGUUAUCCAAUUUGGAAACCAUCUGCAUAAGACAACGUAUCGAGAAAGUCUCGAUGUCUCGCGAAUGGGGAUAUAAACUUGUACAGGAGCGUAGCUAGACCAGACUUUUGCUAGGGGGUUUCGGGGACAUGCUUCCCUGCUAUUAUUGUCAAUAUAGGAUGCGUUGUUCACUAUGUCAGAAGAAAGACUGGCUAAUAAUAUUAACCUAUGUCCCUCCGUUGCAUUUAUUUGACGUUUUAAAAAAGAAAUUGUGCAAGUCCGUACCUUAAGUGCGCCAGUGAUGUACAUAGCUUAUAUGACUCAGAUAAAUAACUUUGAGAGAUGUAUAACCACAUUUGUAGCAAGUUAUAUACUCUAUUAGUCUUUACAUUUUCAAGUUUUGUUAUUCCAUACAUGUAUUAUCAUACAAAACAUACAAUACUUGUAUUCUUAUAUUUGUUCGAAUUUUGAACGUGUGAUUGCUGAGUUUAAUUAGCUAUGUUUUCUUGAUAUUGUUUUUGACUAUGUUAUAGCUAGAUGACUUAAAGUUAAAUCUUAGUGAUUGAGUGAGCGUAGAUUUUACAUCAGGUCAUCUAUCUGACUUAGAAUACAACCUCAUUGAGUGUUUGUCAUCGCAAAUUCUGUUACACGGACUGUGUACCGGAUGAGUGGUAGUAGGCGUAACUUUAAACACCCGCGAAAGUUGGAAUGCUGGAAUGAUUAAACCUAGUACGGAAUGAUCGGCAAUUUCAUUGUCUGAACAUGUAGGUUGUAUUCUAAGAAAAAGUUAUGUUCGACUGUAGAUACGUCAUUUGCAGUUGUCAAUUCGAUUAUAUUCAAAGAUAUUUUUGGUUAUAUAUCUGCUUCAUGUCACCUGUUGAAUUGUCUUGAGAGUGUUUGUUCAGGGUGGGCGUGAACUAUUUUUCUUUAUAUAUUUCAUAUGAGGUACACGCAUUUUUUCUAUCUCAUGCAGAUUAUAUCGACCAGGAGUUGACUGGCAAAUUGAUUAUAAUAAUGUGGUACACAAACAAUAGCUUGUGUUUAAAGAGGUGAUAUAUAAAGACUGUAUCCAAGUGUCCAAGUUAGUUGUGCAAAGGUUUGUUAGGAACGAUCAAUAGCAAACUGGUAUACAGUCGAACCCCGUUGGCUCGAAUUUGCUUGGCUCGAUUUCCUUGUUUGCUCGACCUCCAUGUAAAGAUCCGAUUGUUUUCAACUGAAUGGAACAAUUCUCGCUUGGCUCGAAUUUCCCGAGGCUCGAAGUAUUAUCGCUGGUCUUUUGGAGUUCGAGCCAACGGAGUUUGACUGUGAUAUGUGUUUCAGUGCAAUAACAUUACAUUUAAGCUAGUCUAAUAGUGCUUAAGUAUUAAGAUUUUGUAAGCACGUUCGUCAAAAUGUUUCUUCUACUGUGCGUAUACAUAGAUACCGCUCGUCUUUUAAUCGCCACGUUUCUCUGUUAAAUACAUAUACUAGAUAUAAGCGCACACGACAUGCACAGUGAAACUGAGAAAGAAAGGUUGGGUUUUAACUACUAUGACGUUUAUGUAUCCAAUAUCUUCGUUCGGCAUUCAAUGUUUAGUCAUUUGGACUUUGUAAAUGGUAAAGUCCAUGUCCUUUAUUAUAUGAAUAUAGAUCAUGUGAAUUGCACUGUUUCUGUUUCCCUGUUGUUUUUCUUUAUCAUUUGUAAUUGUGUAAAUGUAUCUUCAUGCAAUAAAAAAACUUAAAUUGAAAAUAUAUACAUUUGUGUU